GUUGCCCCAUCGACAUGGCUGCUGCCGAUCGAGGCCAUUGUCGCAUGGGAUGACUCGGCCACGCUUCUCCCACCUAUAAUCGCCUUGGUGGGACACUCUGCCAGUGUCUCACAUGUGUGGACUAUGGGGGUGGCGCCAAGCUGUAGAGUCAUGGCGCGACAUGUGCAGGCGAUCGGGGCCUGCAGAACUUUAACACCACCACGCGCGUGGGUCACUUUCCAUUACCUUGGAACGUGGACAGCCCCAGGUUGGCAAUUUGACCGCGGACGACUAUCCCGGCGAGUCCAUCGAACGGACUACCAUCAUGUUACCUACAGCCGACGUCUUUGACUGCCAGCCGCUCACUGCGUCUGCGCGCAACGAUUUGCUCGACAUUGCUGGCCGCGCGUGGAAAGGCCUGGUCGAAAACGCCAUCGCGUCCGAGGUAUACCCGAUCGACAAGAUCGUGCGCAACACGACGACGGGCCGAUGCGCGACGCUGCGUCGUCCCCGAGACAUUGUCAACGCAACGGAAGGCGUGGUCGCCCACAGCCGCACGCGAGCGACCAUCGAACAAGCCGCCGACUUUUUUUACCUCGACACACCGGCAAAAGCCCACCACUUUGCUCGAGUCAUGGACGAGCUCGUCGAAGCCAAGCGCGCGCUGUACCCGCUCGUGGAUCGCCCACUCACAGACGACAUGGUCAGCAACGAGACCACGUCGAGUCCGCUAGACUACAUUUCGGUCGACUGGAUGAUGAUCAAGUUAAAAAAAGGCGUGCCGGCCCGAGACCUGUGCUACCUAGAGAUUCACAAGGAGUUCAAAUUCUCGUGCCGCAUCACGGGCGUCACGCGCCGCGGGUGGGUUCGAUGCAUCCAUUCUGUCCGCAUGGACUGCUGCCCCGAUAUGCAAAAGAGAUUUGGCGUCAUCCGCAUGGAAAUCCAUCGGUCGGGCCAUGUCUUCAUGGAGUCCAACGAGCCGGGAGUUCUCGAGUACUACAAGCUGUACUUUGGCAGUCCGCGGGGUGCGUUCCUCGGCAACUACUUCAAUGGGCUAUACCUAAAGGGAGCGAUGCGAACGUCGGCGCGUUCGGUACUUAAUUUGGACGAACACUUCACGACGGAGCGGCUCAAGCCGCUGCUGUCGGCCCCCCUCGACAUGAGCCUGGCCAACGCCACGUCGUGCAAAACGUGUCGCGUCGCGUUUACAUGGCGAAAUCCCAAGAAGCUCUGCCGGGCGUGCGGGGACCCCAUUUGCCCCCAGUGCAGCUCGUUGUGGGGUUUGACUCUCCAAGGGUCGACCAUUAAAGUGCCGCUGUGCAAGCGAUGCGUCGGCCCGGGAUUGGACUUUGACGAGGCCGACGCGUUGUACCUGAUCGAGUCGAAAGACCGCAAACAGCGAUAUUCCACGGCCAGCAGCGUGCUCAGCAGCAUCCGCGACACGUACCUGUCCAUCGAAAUGUCGUCGUGCGACUCGAACGAGUCGGUCGUAUCCGCACACAACCAAGAGAUCUUGAACAGCAUCGACCAGCAAAAGGAGCUGCUACACCUCUUACAAGAGCGACUGGCGGCGAUUCAACCAGCGUAUUGAUUAUCUAUCGUAUCGUAUUGGAGCUGCACGACCCGGCCCACCCUUAUGUGUUAUCAAUCUCUAUGGAGACGUGCAUUGCAUGUGACUUUGAACGACACGAUCGUUUUCGCUCAACAUGUGUUCGACUACGUCGAAGUAGCACCACGUGGACGACGAAGCGUGGGGACCGUCGCCCACUCUUCGCCAAAUCCAAUUCGAGUCCGACAAACUGCGACCUGGCUCUGCUGUGCAUGGACGCGUUACUACUGCCCGCUGAUGUGAACCACACGUCGAGGAGAUUCCAGGUUGACUGUGGAGAUCGGCCUCUGCCAUGUCCCACGUAAACAGGACACUACAAACGGCCUUCCAUGCGUGUUUGGACUCAAGCAGUACGUCCAAGUGCGACAACGUGACGAAGGAGCGGGAGGUUGAGAGCGAACGCUCUCCGCAACGUCGACGCGAUGGGUUCAAGGUCGAACGAUUUGUCCUAGCUUGAAUGUCAAUAUUGCUGAAUCGCUGUCA